AUGGGCAGCACGGAACAUUCUUUUUCAGCCCCUGCCGAGACAGUCGUCUUCGACGGCCUGCUCUUCGACAUGGACGGCACUAUCAUCGACUCGACCGAUGCUGUCGUGAAGCAUUGGGAAGCAGUCGGCAAGGAGAUUGGUGUCGACCACAAGGUCAUCCUGGAGACUUCCCACGGCCGCCGCUCCAUCGACAUGCUCAAGAUACUGGCCCCUGAGAAGGCCAACUGGGAGUAUGUGCAAUACAUGGAGGGUCUCCUCCCCAAGCUUUACGGCGCCGAUGCGGUCGAAAUUCCUGGUGCUCGUGCUCUGCUGGAGGAUCUGGUUGCUCGGAAUGCCCCCUGGGCUAUCGUUACCUCGGGGACUGUGCCGCUUGUCACUGGGUGGCUAACCGCCCUCACCCUCCCUUAUCCCACCCAUCUAAUAACCGCCGAAUCAGUCACCAACGGCAAGCCCGAUCCAGCCUGCUAUCUCCUCGGUCGGGAACGUCUGUCCCUCUCCUCGCCUGAAAAACAGGUCCUUGUGCUGGAGGACAGCCCGGCGGGUAUCCGCGCGGGCAAGGCUGCGGGAUGCAAGGUCCUUGCUGUGGUGACCAGCCACACGAUCGAGCAGGUUCUGGCGGCGGAGCCGGACUGGGUAGUAAGGGAUUUGAGGAGUUUGAAGGUUGAGGAGGUUGAUGGGGGGAAGGUUAAGGUUGUUAUUGAGGGAGCUCUGCUGAAAACCUGCGCUAGUGACGACGGCAAAUCACUUAAGAAGCCGUCUUAA